GGCUGGGGGCCCGGCUGCGGGCGGAGGUCCGACAGCGGCGGGGCCCGGGGGGCGCCCAAGAUGGCGGCGGGCGGCGCGGAGGGCGGCUCGGGCCCCGGCGCCACCAUGGGGGACUGCGCGGAGAUCAAGUCGCAGUUCCGCACCCGGGAGGGCUUCUACAAGCUGCUCCCCGGCGACGGCGCCGCCCGCAGGCCGGGACCCGCUUCCGCCCAGACCCCGGCGCCGCCGCAGCCCCCGCAGCCCCCGCCCGGCCCAGCCUCCGCCUCGGGCCCCGGCGCCACGGGCCCCGCGUCCUCCCCGCCACCCGCAGGCCCCGGGCCGGGCCCCGCGUUGCCCGCCGUGCGCCUCAGCCUCGUGCGCCUUGGGGAGCCCGACGGGCCCGGGGAGCCGCCCGCCACGCCCGCGGGGCUGGGCGCCGGCGGGGACCGCGUCUGCUUCAACUUGGGCCGCGAGCUCUAUUUCUACCCGGGCUGCUGCCGCCGCGGGAGUCAGCGGUCCAUUGACCUCAACAAGCCCAUCGACAAGCGGAUCUACAAGGGCACCCAGCCCACCUGCCACGACUUCAACCAGUUCACUGCUGCCACGGAGACCAUCUCCCUUCUGGUGGGCUUCUCGGCCGGCCAGGUGCAGUAUCUGGACCUCAUCAAGAAGGAUGCCAGCAAGCUCUUCAAUGAGGAGCGCUUGAUCGACAAGACCAAGGUGACCUAUCUGAAGUGGCUGCCGGAGUCAGAGAACCUGUUCCUGGCCUCGCACGCCAGCGGCCACCUGUACCUGUACAACGUGAGCCACCCCUGCGCCUCGGCGCCACCCCAGUACAGCCUGCUGAAGCAGGGCGAGGGCUUUGCUGUCUACGCGGCCAAGAGCAAGGCCCCCCGCAACCCGCUGGCCAAGUGGGCGGUAGGUGAGGGGCCCCUCAACGAGUUCGCCUUCUCCCCCGAUGGCCGCCACCUGGCCUGCGUCAGCCAGGAUGGCUGCCUGCGCGUCUUCCACUUCGACUCCAUGCUCUUGCGGGGACUCAUGAAGAGCUACUUUGGGGGCCUGCUGUGUGUGUGCUGGAGCCCCGAUGGCCGCUAUGUGGUGACAGGAGGCGAGGACGACCUGGUCACCGUGUGGUCCUUCACCGAGGGCCGCGUGGUGGCUCGAGGCCACGGCCACAAGUCAUGGGUCAACGCCGUGGCCUUUGACCCCUACACUACACGGGCCGAGGAGCCAGCGUCAGCCAGCAGGGACGGCGACAACGGGGACACGGGUGACCGAAGUGGCGAGGAGGAAGAGGAGGAUCCUGAGGCGGGGUCCGGUGGUGGCGCCCCGCUGUCCUCGCUGCCCAGGGCUGGCUCGGUCACCUACCGCUUCGGCUCAGCUGGCCAGGACACGCAGUUCUGCCUGUGGGACCUCACGGAAGACGUGCUGUCCCCACACCCGCCCCUGGCCCGUGCCCGCACGCUCCCGGGCACGCCAGGCGCCACCCCCCCAGGCCCCGGCCCCCUGCCCCGCUCCCUGUCCCGCUCCAACAGCCUGCCACACCCAGCCGGCGGUGGAGGCAAGGCCGGGGCCCCAGGGGCUGCGGCGGAGGCCGGGGUGCCGUUCAGCAUUGGCCGCUUUGCCACCCUCACGCUGCAGGAGCGCAGGGAGCGCGGCACCGACAAGGAGCACAAGCGCUACCACAGCCUGGGCAACAUCAGCCGCGGCGGUGCAGGUGGCGGCGGUGACAAGCCCAGCGGCCCGGCCCCCCGCAGCCGUCUGGAUCCUGCCAAGGUGCUGGGCACCGCACUCUGCCCCCGGAUCCAUGAGGUGCCCCUGCUGGAGCCCCUGGUGUGCAAGAAGAUCGCCCAGGAGCGGCUCACCGUGCUGCUGUUCUUGGAGGACUGCAUCAUCACCGCCUGCCAGGAGGGCCUCAUCUGUACCUGGGCCCGGCCCGGCAGGGCGUUCACAGACCAGGAGGCCGAGGCCCAGGCAGGGGAAGGAAGUUGGCCCAGGUCACCCAGCGAGUCAGUGGUAGAGGUAGGACUGUCCCCAAGUUCUCUCCCAUCCAGUGUCUCAGGACUGCCCCUGCAAGGCAGGAGGGGACCCCAGUGCCCCGUCUUCUCUCAAUCCUCCCUGUCCCCAUCCCCUGCCCUGGACCCCGAGGGCAGCGAGGGGAGCUGCUCUGUGCUAGGGCAGUAACUGACGGACAGGACCAGGCCCAGCACAGCUUCCAGGACUCAGCUGGCCCCUCCCUGGGCCCGGGCAGAGGCCAGUGGUGUCUAACUUUGCCCGUGUCUUCCUCCCCAGGGAAUCUCCUCCCAGCCAGGCAACUCCCCAAGUGGCACUGUGGUGUGAAGCUGUGGAUGUCAGGGUCCCUACCCUACGUCCCCAUCCUCCUAGCCGUGACCCUCCCCGCUGGCCUCAUGGAUCAACGUAUUAACAAGACUAACAAUGAGCGAAGGACUGCUCCAAGCCCCUGCCCUGAACACAUGUGGGGUCCCCCAGGCUGGCCUAGUGUGGGGAUAGUGGCCUGUGUGGCCUCUUUCUUGUCCCCACCUAGUGCAAUGACCCCUUUAUCCAAAAUGUCAGUGUUGUCCCCAGCCCUUUCCCCAGCAUGUGACUGGAUCCUCCAAGGCGAGUCCUCGCCCACCAGAGCCCUCGCUCCGCAGCAGAGGGUUGCCCCCUCUCCUUGCUGUUGUUUGUGUUUCUGAAGAGUGUUAAAUCUGGGGCCCCCCCAGGCCCUCCCUGUCCCCAGGACUCUUAUUUAUACUAAAGUUCCCUGUUUGCA